AUGAGCGUCCCGCCCUGCGCGCGCUGCCGGCCCUCGGCGGCGUCGGGGCAUCUACGCCGCCUGCUGCGCGGUCCUAGGUCUUCGUUGAGCCCAUGGCAAAGGAGGUCUCAGUCGUCAUCGUCGUCACCAUCGGAAGCCAGCGCGACAGACGCCAGUGCCACGGAAGCUAGCACCACAACAGAUCAACCCGAGCGCGAACCACGGACCAUCUUCUCGGGGAUCCAGCCGACAGGCGUGCCGCACCUGGGCAACUACCUGGGCGCGAUGCGGCAGUGGCGGGAGCUGCAGGCGGAGGCGCACCCGGAGGACCGGCUGCUGUUCUCCAUCGUCGACCUGCACGCCAUCACGAUGCCGCAGGACGCGCGGCAGCUGCGCCAGCGCAGUCGUGAGAUGCUGGCCGCCCUCAUCGCCAUCGGCCUCGACCCGAAACGCUGCACCCUCUUCUACCAGAGCGCCGUGCCCGCCCACUCCGAGCUCCUGUGGAUCCUCAGCUGCACCUCCAGCAUGGGCUACCUCGGGCGCAUGACCCAGUGGAAGAGCAAGCUAACGGAAAACAACAACCGCAUGUCGCUCGAUGAUGACGCCCUCGCGUCCAAGCUCAAGCUGGGCUUGUUCUCGUACCCGGUGCUGCAGGCGGCCGAUAUCCUGGUGCACCGCGCAACCCACGUGCCCGUCGGUGACGACCAGCGGCAGCACCUCGAGUUCGCCCGCGAGUGCGCCACCAACUUCAACGCCGCGUUCAAAAAUGGGCGCCUCUUGGCCCCGGAGACCAUCACGACCGAGACCCCACGCGUCAUGUCGCUGCAGAACCCGCUAAGCAAGAUGUCCAAGUCGUCGCCGAGCCACAAGUCGCGGAUCGAGAUCACGUCGGAGCCGGCCGAGAUCCGGGCGCGCCUGCGCUGCGCCGUGACCGACUCGGACAACUGGGUGACGUACGACCCGGCGCGGCGCCCGGGGGUCGCCAACCUGCUCGAGCUGUGGGCGCAGUGCGACCCGGCGCGGCGGUCGCCGGCCGCGCUGGCCGAGGACCUGCACGGCGCCACCCUGGGCGCGCUCAAGCGCCAGGCCGCCGAAGCCAUCAUCGCCGAGCUCGACGGCGUGCGCGACCGCUACCGCGAGGCCCUGCAGCGCAAGGGCGGCAAGUGGCUCGACGAGGUCGCCCACGAGGGCGCGUUCCGCGCCCGCCAAAGCGCCCGCCGGACCAUGCUCAUGGUGCGCGAUGUCGUUGGGUUGUCAUACCGCAGGCGUGGGCCGAUGACGCAGGUCAAGUGA